UUUUCCAUGUAGGGCCUUGGGCGUUCCGUGUAUACUGAUACCUCUCACUUCAGGAGACUCGUCUGGCUCUUCAUCUUCCUCCUCACAACAGGUCACAUGAUAUACUUAAUCAUCGAUGCCGUGAAUAGUUACAUGUCCGGACCGAAGACGACCACGAUGGAGAUGAAUACGGAGAGGGUCCUCCCCUUCCCGGCAGUCACCAUAUGUUCCUACAGUCCUCUGUGGAAGAGCCUCGAUGAUGAUUCGACUCUGUCCAACUUCAAGAAACUGCUGAAACUCAACGAGGAUCUCGAGGGAGCGCUUGCCAAACUUUCUCUACCACGUAGCGCAUGCAGCCAGACAUCCACUGGUUCGCUCUCGGCCGACACCGAUUCGCCGUGCACAGCGCGCGAUCCAAAGAAGAAGCGAAUGGAUUCACAACAGAUUCGAACUCGCACUCUGAGUCACCGACUACUGAACCAAUCUCAGCAACAUCACCGCCACCAUAUUUCUCAGGAUCUAAAGAAGAGUAUAGACUCCCAACAGAAUCGAACUCGUUCUCAGCAGACUACUCAGAGUCAGGGACUACUGUUCUCCAAGUCCAUUAUCAAACGAUGGUAUUUCUCUCGAUUCCGCAGAACCAAUCUCAGCAACAUCACCGCCUACUACUGCCGGAAGUUUAAUUAUAUCCUCAACUAUGUCUCCAACGAUAUCGCCAGGUACCCCGACGAUGCCACCGCUCGACACCUCGUCUACGUCCUUUGA